ACAUGUAUAUUGAGGAGUGUGUUUGACAUGAUAAGUGACUUAAGAAUGGGGGUGGGGUGGUUUCCUGUCCUGCCGCCAAAGAGCUCAGAACGGAAGCAUAGGACCAGAGGCAGUCUGCAAAAAGCCAGCUGAGAACAAAGAGACUGAGUUCUCUCUCUUGUUUUUGGUUCUUGCAUGUAUUUUUCCUAGAUUCUCAGAACGAAGUCAUUUAAGACAGCAGCCUUCCAGCUGGAGUAUUUGCGGUUUGUCUCUGACUGCUCCAGGUGGACGCCGCGAACAUACCAGCCACGAAGGUCUCAGUGAUGUGGUUACCCCAGAACGGUGGAAAUAGAUCUGAGGAGCCACCCACCCUAUCAACUGGAUGUGGCUUGUGCAAUCUCUCUUCUUAUCUCGUUUCAGCACAACUGUGAUCAAUCCCCCAGCCGAGGAUUUGGCUGAAUCACAGACCACAGCGCCAAUCUACUGCUUCCCCAUCACCAUGGAGGUUUCUCUUGUCGUCUGCAUCCUCGCUGCUCUCCUGGCUACGGGGGCCUGUCUGCGGUGUGAGGUUUGCGAUGAACCAGGAACCAGCUGCUCAGGUGACCUACAGACCUGCGAUGUUGGGCAAGACACUUGUGGCAUUGCUUGGACAGACUCCACAUGGGUGGGAAGCAAGACUCAGACAGUUAUCAAAAAGUGUGUGUCCUCCGACCUGUGUAAAGCCAGCCCCUUCUCUGCAAAUUUUGGUGAUGCAAUGACAAGGACAAGCUUCAAAUGCUGCAUGGGAAAUGCCUGCAGAACCACCAAUAUUACAGUGCCCCCGGCUGACCCCAAACCCAACGGCCGGCGCUGCCGUGGCUGCUACGCGAUGAACGCUGAUCAUUGCAAUGAGCAAACCAUAAAUUGUACUGGAUCCGAGACCCAGUGUAUUGAUGCCACCGCGACCAUAACAAUUGGUGGACAUGAAAAGCAGACUGUCAUGAAGGGCUGCGCUUCCAAGUCCAUCUGCAUCAUGGCACAAGUGGCUUCGCAGAUGUUCACAGAUAUCAGUGUAGAUCUAACUGAGGUCGAAUGCACAGAGGCCUCCGGCGCGGCGGGCGUGGCUCCGGGACCAGCCGGGCGCCUCCUCCCAGCCCUCUCUGGGCUUCUCCUGCUAAAGCUUCUCUCCUGAUUCCCCACCUGGGGCAAUGGCCACACCGCACUGAAAUCCACCCUGCAACCUGCGUUAGCUGCUCUCCCCUACAGGGGUUCUCAGCUCUCAGAUGGACUCACGUCCCCUUGAUAGCGUUGCACUGAAUAAAACAAACCUGAGACCAAA